AUGUCCUCCCACAAAUCACUAUCCUCUAGAGUCAGCUCUGGUGCAAAGGGCCUCACAAGUUCCAACUCAAACUCAGCUUCAACCAUAAAUAUAUCUAAGAUAUCCCCCUCAGGCCCCAUUGGUGCUGCUAGCCUAAUCAUGAACCAAAAAGCCAGCUCUGAAAACUCUCUCUUCCACAUCUGUAUAACUCUACGAAAAAGAUUGGAAAAGGUCAAUGGCCUAAAACCUUACCUAAAUCUAGCCUACUCAACCGCAGAAUACUCAAGUGAUAAACAAGCUGAUGCUAUAACUGCCUCUCAACACAACAGAGACUCCCUCAGGAAAUCAACAAACUCUUCCUACUCAAACUUCUCCUCCAGCUCCUUAACCAACACCAACACCAACACCAACACCAACACCAACUCAAUCACAAACUCAAUCACAAUAAACUCUGCAACAACAAUUAACACAAUCAACUCCCAACAAUCAAGCCCUCUAGACUUUACAAUCCAGUCAAUCAACCACAACCUAACAACCUUUGCUGCUGGAAUUCUCCCUGCUACAAUAAGCUGUGAUCCUGUCACUCAAAUCUGGAAACUAUUCCAACAAGGUGCCCCCUUGUGUCUCAUCUUCAAUUCUAUCAAACCUGACCAUCCUUUGCCUAUAGUAUCCGCCGAUGAUAUCAAAAUUUGUAAAAGAAGUGUCUAUGACUUCCUAUCUGCCUGCCAAAUGUUCCUAGACUUGAAAGCUGAAAACUUGUUCACCAUCUCAAACGUCUUUUCUGAAAAUACUGACGACCUACUAACUGUCAUCAACUCAAUUAACAAAGUCCUAGACCUAAACCCAAACUUUUCUCUAUCCGAUUCGGAGAAAAAGGACAUCAUCCUCAAAAAUCUAAACUCAUCAAAAAACAUCAAUGACUCAAGAUCAAGAAUCAUCCUAGAACUAAUAGAAACUGAGAGAAAAUACAUCUUUGACCUAGAAAUCCUAGUCAAUUACAGAAAUCAACUACUACACGCAGACUUGAUAACCUCAGAAUCCUUGCAUCUAUUAUUCCCAAACCUAAAUGAAAUCCUAGACUUCCAAAGAAGAUUAUUAGUAGGAAUCGAAGCAAAUUCUCUAGCACCUGCAAAAUAUCAAAGAAUCGGUGCAAUAUUCCUUUAUGCCUCCUCUAUUCCAUUCAAGGCCUACGAACCUUGGUCAAUAGGUCAGCCUGCUGCAAUUGAACUCAUAAACGACCAACAAGAAAACUUGCAAAAAUCCUCCUCUUUAAUUAACGCUUCAUACGAAUUGCAAAGUUUCCUAAUUAAACCGAUUCAAAGAUUGUUGAAAUACCCUCUCCUAUUGGAAGGCAUUUUAAAACAUUCAGAUCCUGCUUGGCCAACUUACUCAGAAGUAACAAGUGGUUUAGAAGCCUUAAAGGGCACCGCUAGAGAUAUCAAUGAUGCCCAUAGAAAAUCUGAAAACGUCAAAGUAUUGGCUGAUCUCUAUACAAGAGUAGCCGACUGGAGAGGCUAUGAACUAAAAUCCUUUGGUGACUUAUUAUUCCACUCAAAAUUAGGGGUUAGAGACUCAGACACAGAAAAAGAAUUUUUUGUUUACCUCUUUGAAAAAAUCAUCUUUUUCUUCAAAGAAAUCAUAACAACCCAAAAGAAAUCUUCAAUUAAUCUAGCCAAAAAGAAAAAUGCAAACUAUAAUCAAAAUACCUUGUCGAAACUCGAAUUAAAAGGAAGAAUAUUUAUCGCCAACAUAACUUAUAUCAACCCAAGCAAAAAUGCUUCAACCCUAACUUCAACCCUAGAAGAAAAUGAUUAUCCAACAAAUUCUCACCUACUAACAAUAUCCUGGUCUGGUUUAAGAGAUCAGGGUUCUUUUAUCAUGAGAUUUAAAACAGAUGAACAAAGAAACUUGUGGGAACAAUGUUUAAGAAACUUGUCUGUAAAACAACAUGAAGAAAUCUUAAUGUCUGAUGCUUCUCAAAAUAGUAAC